AUGGAGGCAGUUGCUCUCUACAGCUUCAGAGCCACAGAAUGUGAUGAACUGAGUUUCCAGAAGGGCGAUAUACUUAAGAUCACUAACAUGGAUGAUGACCCAAACUGGUAUACGGCUGAACUCUUGGGCAGACGGGGCUAUGUUCCUAAAAACUAUAUCAAUGUAAGACCACAUGCGUGGUUUGUGGGUGGAAUCUCGCGUCAGGCUGCAGAGGGACGAUUACGGCCAUUAGAAUGCGGUGCCUUCCUGAUUCGAGAAAGCGAGAGCACGCCUGGAGAGUUCUCAGUGUCUGUCAGUUAUGGCGACCAUGUGCAGCAUUUUAAGGUGCUGAAAGACGGUUUGGGUCAGUACUAUAUAUGGGAUGAAGUCUUCAGCUCUCUCAACCAGCUGGUGGAUUUCUAUAGGAUCAACAGCAUAGCUAAAGAGAGGACUGUCUUCUUACGAGAACCAGAGAGAUCACUACCAAGACCACGGCAUGCCCACGCUCUCUUCGAUUUCACUCCUCAUCACGUAACCCAGUUGCGUUUCCUACGUGGUGAUGUCAUCGACCUCCUGGACUGUUCUGACGCUCAAUGUUGGAGGGGGCGGUGUCGAGGACGGGUGGGGGUGUUCCCACCGGAGUAUGUCCAGCCCAUUUACCACUAA